UAAAGUCAGAAAUCUCUAUUUGUGCUUAUUAUCCUUAUUAUGUUCUUAUUAUUCCCAGUUGCAAUGAUUGGAAAGUUUUUGUGAAUUUGAAUUGGAUUGAGUGAAAUGAGAAAUGAGUGAUAAAAUGAUAAAAUUGAUAACUCUCAAGGACGAUAGUAACUGGAAUUAUUCUAAUUUCAUUUUAUUGAAGUAAUUUCGUACAAUGACGUUUGUUUUUAUCAGUAUGUAUUAGAAUUCCAUAUCAAUUUAUUCAUCUGAAAUUUCUACACUAUAUUAUUUAGAUUACAAAGGAAUAUAAUGUCUAAUCUCAUAAAGUGCUGUGUUUAAAUAAUGCCAUAUUCAAUCAAAUUGAACAACGUUUAAAACAUGGGUCAAAAUGCUAGCCUUCCAAAGGGACGCAGAAAAUCACUCAGAUCUUUUGUUAGAAAAUCAAUUUCUAAGAGAAAUUUAAGUCACACCUUUACUGUACCUGGGAAUAAUGAUUUUAUUGAAUUGCUAAACAUUAAUUUAGCAACUGAGGAAGAUCUCAUGACUUUACCAGGUAUAAAUAGAGAAAUAGCAAAAAAUAUUGUCAACCAUAGGAAGGCUAUUGGCCGAUAUCGAAGAGUAGAGGAUUUAGCACUAGUCAAAGGUGUGGGAGCUGACAAAUUUGAAAAAAUUCGCUUUGAAGUAUGUGUUACAACAAGAAGAAAUUUCAGUUGUUCCUCAUCGAGGGCACAUAGUUAUGAUAGUUUAAAAAGUACAGACUCUAGAAUGACAAGCAAAUCAAAUAAAUUGAUUAAUGUAAAUAAAGCCAGUGUUUUUGAUCUACAAAGUAUUCCAGGCAUUACACAAGAAAUUGCAGCCAGUAUUAUUAUAUACAGGAAUAAAAAAGGAUCCUUUAGUAAGAUGGAAGAUCUUCUUAAAGUAAAGCAUAUAAACAGAAUAUUGCUUGAUAAUAUAUCAAGAUAUUUUACUUUGCACGAUGAAGAUGGGCUGAAUGAUUCUAGCAUUUCAAAUUCAAGUAUUAUUACCAAUGGAAUUACAAAUAUCUAUCCAGUUAACGGUUACACAUUCAAAUCGCCUCUGAAGAACCAAAUACCAAAUGGACUAACGCCAUCAUCUGCAAUAGAUAUAUUUGAAUUAUUAAGUACUUAUUCUCCGAGACCUGUUACUAAGGAAAUUUUUAAGUUUUGCCGGGAUGGAGAACCAGCAAUACGAAUAUGCUCAUGGAACCUGCACGAAUUGUCUGUUCAAAAAGCUUUAAAUUUGGGAGUGAGAGAGGUCAUAUGUAGAACAAUAUUAGAAAAUGGUAUUUCUUUACUCGCUCUUCAAGAUAUUAGAGAUGCUGCAGCUUUAAAAAUAAUAUGCGAUGAGUUAAAUAAACCAUCGCUGCGGAGAGUUGAAGAGUGGAAAGAAAGUAGUCUUAACUGGAAUUUUUGUAUGAUAGAUGCACAGGACAGCACAUUAGGAUUUCUGUAUGAUUCCGGCGGUGUAAUGGAUGUAGAAUUGAUAUCGCUAAUGGAAGGCCCAGUGGAAACAAAACCUAGUUGUGAAGCAUUAAUAGCUAACUUUGGAAUUGGAGAUUUAAAUUUGCAAGUGGUCAAUAUAUCCUUAAAUAGAAAAGUUGAUAUCAAACAUUUACAUGAAAAGAUUAUUGACUUAACGAAUGAAGAACAACUGGUAUUACUUUGCAUGGAUUUUUCGAAUUGUUUUAAUAUCGAUGAUGACCAUUUAACAAUAGGCAAUUUAAAACCUGUAUUUCCAUUAUCAACGAAUAAUAAUUUUCCUGUUUUAAAUGAUGAAAACUUUCAAGUGUCUAACAUGCUUACAAAUUCCACCUUGAGUGAAAACUUGACAGGAUAUAAAGACGUAAUUAUCAAAGGAUUAACUCACCUAGCCAUUCCAAAUGGCUGGUCUUGGGGCGGACCAGCCUCUCCGUAUUGUCCAAUCUGGAUAGAGCUUACCUUGUACAAUAAAAGAAAUUGCAUUGCUUUGUGAUAUAUACUUUUAUUUAAUUUUAUUUUAAUUAUCUGUGACGUCAUGUUUGGAGAGUAAUAAUAUAUACGUAUUAUACAUAUGUAUAUAGUGAUUUGAUGUGAUAGAUGUAAUAGUAUUUAUUUUUUGCUUAAUAAGUGAAUGAAGUUGUUGAAUAUGAAAAGUUGUUAUUUAAUUAUAGUUUAUGAAAUAUAUAUUUACAAAUGAGCUA